GAGCGGCCAAUCCCGACCCACCACUUUGUAACCGGCGAGGGCAGCUUCUCCGGCGGCUCGACGCGAAAGCGCAUGCGUGCGCGACUUGCUGCCGUCCGCUCCAGACCCCGUGCGCUGGCGCUCAGAGCCGCGCCGCCCAGCAUGGAGACGAACGGCUAUGCGAGUUUUCCGCUGCACACUUGGCACCCGCACGUGUACGCCAAGCCUCCAAAGAGUCCCACGCGCCAUUACAUUGCUGACAUCCUGGGAAUACGUGACGCGCCCCUUAGCCCGCGUCCACCACAUGGUCUCGUCACCGCUGACCAGCCACUUAACCUGUCCUUCGCAGACGGCAAACGCGCCGGUUCACCCUUCUGUGCUGAUGGCAUGCCACCACAGACUGCUGUCAGUUCUCCCGCGCAGCCCAGUGUGGGACUCAAAACAUCACCGUCACCUCUACCAGCCCUCGUUGCACCGAGCGUGCUUCGAGUCGACGCUGCCGAAACAGAACUUGCGCUUGCAAGCCGCGGGACCACUCUUGGCAAAGGGGUCCAGCGGCCGGUACAGCCUCUCAAAGGGAGCAAGAGGAAGAAGGAGCCAGGUAGAGAACUGGAGCCCGCGAGUACUCCCCCGGCGGCGGGUAUGGGGCACCCGACCGCCGCCAGGAACUCGGACAGCCCCAUCAAUGGCGCAGCCUCUGACACUGGGGACAAGGGCGCCCGCAAGAAGAAGGCGCGGACCACUUUCACAGGGCGGCAAAUCUUCGAGCUCGAGAAACAGUUCGAGAUAAAGAAGUACUUGUCGUCCAGCGAGAGGGCGGAGAUGGCCAAGCUUCUCAACGUUACGGAAACUCAGGUAAAAAUUUGGUUCCAGAACCGGCGGACAAAAUGGAAGAAGCAAGACGGCAUAUCCAACGCCGAAGCUGCAGAGCUCAAAAUGGGUGAAAAGGCUCAGUCAGCGAAAUCGAAAGCAGCUUCGGCUAAAUCCAUGGGAACGGCCAAGACAACCGGGCCGCCAUCCGGGGGCAGCCCUGUCCUCCCAACCGCCAGCAGCCUGUCUGGAACCGGCUCGGCCAAACCGUCUCCGUGCGCGGUUAGUGAUCUCAGCAACCUCUCUUCUUCGGGCGACAGGACUGAUGACAGUUCGCAGACGUGUCCUUCAGAGCCCGCAAUUGCAAAGAUUGAAAAUGGUGGCAUCGAGUUUCCCAUAGAAACGACCGUUUCCCAUUCCUGCCACGGCUCCCCUAGUCUACAACCCACUACUGAGCACACGUCGUACCUGGACGACGCGUUGCCAUUGCAACGGGUCGCUUCCCAACAGCUGACUGGAGAGUCACCGUCCACCGAACCUGCGCCCACCGCCACAUUCUCCGAGGAUAUCACGGAAAAGUGCCAGGACAAGCAGAUGGAACAGUGACGCGCGGGCCGCGGAUGAACUGCAUGUGCUUGAACAGUCCCAGCAGCAGUUGUCCUGUGGCCCUAUACAAAUCAGAUGACAAGGUUCCCGCGAAGAAGGCUUAUCAUCCGAUAUUUAUUCGAGAUUCUAGCUUCCAGUGGUAGGAAGUUCUUUCCAGAAACGUGUCUGCUUCACGCUAUGUCAGCUGCCAGGCCAUACGAAAAAGAAUCGUUCCUUCAUCCGGGGACGUUUUAUUAUUUAUUUCUAAAUGUGCCAUCAUUCUUUGCCUUCAGGGAAGGUAGUCGCGCUGAGAGCGCAGAUAUGCGUGAAGAGGUUUAGCCAAUAUGUAUAUUUUCCUCGUUCCUAUUAUACACAGUCAGCGACUAGCUUACGAAUGCAGUGUUUUGAGUGACCUGACCCCACUGGUGAGAUGAGUAGAUCUUUGUUACUAUAUGUGGAAUUAAGUGUUUAAACUGCUAACACCAUCCAAGUAAUAUAAUGUAGCGCGGCGGUUUUCACAUAUAGCAUAUUCACCUGCGCCGGGUUUGUGCGAAAAAGGAAGCUUCAAAGUUAGAUAUAUUGUAAAAACUCUUACGUUAAGGGGUCAAAGACAGUGUGUUGACCUGCAGUGUACCCAGGGGCGGAUCUAGGGGUCCGGAUGUCCUGCCCCCCCCCCCUCCCUCAAUUUCCGUCGUUACAGAGUUUCAGUUGACUUUAGAUAGUGUAGUACGAUGCUGUCCAAGGCAGGACCCCCCUCCCCCUCAGAAAAAUCCUAGAUCCGCCCCUGAAUGUACUUCACAUGUUCUAGUAAACAACCUGAAAACUAAACUGUACACAGAUGGUGCAUAAGAAAGGGAAAGGAAAAGGUAAAAGUCUUAUUAACCGUGAAUCGCGUAACCAGUGACACCAUUUCACGUCACGAAAUAAUUGAGUAAGUAGCAGCUGCAGAGUGCAUUGGACGCGACGAAAUUCAUUAACGAGAAGUACACGUUGUGUGUGCCAGUUAACUGACCAUACAUUAGCGGUAAGGACUAUUAUGACGUGGCGAGAUCAUGUAGAAUUAAAGCUCCGCGAAUAAUUCCGUUGAUCUUCACACAUUUGUAGAUUUGUGGAAUAUUUCCUAGAGAUCCAUAACUGCGAUUCCCUUACAUUUAUUCGCGACGUACAAAUUGUGGGUCUGACAUCCGAAUAAAAAAUCAACGGCAGUUAAGAAACUCUGAUUUCCACUCUCAAUGUAACCUCGUGCAAAGCCGGUGAUUGGAAUUCAUGCACUUAUCGUUAUGACCCCGUAUGUAUCGUCGCCCGGAAAACGGCAGGCAAAUUGUGUCGUAUUCGCAUAUUUUGUCCGAGGAACACAGUGUAACGAAAGUUCAAAUGCAUACGAGUGGCGAAUCUUACACAACGUUGUACCUUGGCGCAAAAGCUCAGAGAAGACAC